GUUUACCAUGUCAUUUUAAAAAUUGUUUAUAUCUUUGCACCAUUAUUCCAAUCUAAUUAGUAAAUAUAAAGCAUUUAGUAAUCAAUUCAUUAUGAAAGAAGAGAGCGAAAGUUUCAUUGAUACACUAAAGUACCAAUUCCUGUGCUGCUAUCCAUUACACUGCAUCGAAUGGGAUGCUAUACCAAAAGGACUUACAUGGGAACAGCACAAGCAGCUUAUUGAAAACACGGCGCUACAACCACUCAAUAAGAAAUAUCCCAUAAAAAUUAGUUAUCAACUAAAUUUCCUCAAGCGCUUGUUGCAACAACUGGAAAAACAUUGUGACGAAGUGCAUGAUAUUGUGUAUGAGAGCUACUGUGCGGUACAACAACGUGUAGCUAAGGAUACAACUGAAAAAUAUGCUUACAAACACUAUGUGCAACCGUCUCUCGAUGUCUCCAUAACACUUCGCGAAUCCAAAAGCUUUGUGGCAGAAGGCACAACUGGCUUGUGCAGCUGGCAAGCUUCCAUUGCAUUAGCCGACUAUCUGGUGCAAAAUAUUAAAUUAUUGCGUGGAAAAUGUGUGUUAGAGUUAGGUGCUGGCACUGGCCUGUGUGGCACGAUUGCGCUGCAAUGUUGUGGUGUGCGGCACAUGUUGUUGACUGAUGGUAGUCACGAAUGCAUAGAACUUAUGAAGGAGAAUGUUUUGCGAAAUUUCAGAGAAGCCAGCGAAGUUAAUGAUGGUGAAUAUGAAAUAAAAGGAAAGUUAUUGAAUUUGUGUAAAUUGGAAUGGGGUUCUGUCAGCGAUAUGAAAUGGCCAAAUGGAUUUUCCGCGGAUGUGAUAUUAGCUGCGGACGUAGUGUAUGACGACACUGUAUUCGAUUCUCUUACAAACGCUAUUAAUUAUGUUUUCAAAAAAAGAGAUGACAAAUGUGAAAUGUUGCUUGCUGUCACAGUACGAAACGAGCACACGCUAAACAAAUUUCUAAAUUUGCUUUCUACAUUAGAUUUCCAGUAUAUUGAGAAGGAUGUGAUGCCGUUAGACAAGUGCAACUUCUAUUGGGAUCGCACAACACCUGUAAAAAUUUUUCAAAUCACACGUAAAAGCUAAUUAUUAAGUAAUAGUUUAAAAAAGUAAAAGCAUUAAUUAAAAAAAUAACAUUUAUUUAAAUGGUACCCUUAGUCUAACACAAUAAUUAAGUAUAAAUACAUAAAAUCACUUUUUAAAAUAAUUGUAUAUAUAAUAUUUUUAAUUUAUACAUAUUUACAUACGAGUACAUAUAUGUAUAUGUAUGUCACAGCUCAAUAAUGUGCAUGUGCACUAAUCGUCGGGAUAGAGCCAUCCUGCAGACACGUCACAUCCAGCUGCUCAAUCUCGUGCUGUUUGAAUAUUACGCCCAGCAAAUCGUAUUGUAUUUCGAACAGUGUCAUGCAAUAUGUACGCGGCACCUUAACGCCCACCACGAGGGCAACUAGUGCUGUGAUUAUGAGGUACACAAAACCCUGUGCCAUAAUCGUACUCGGUUCGGCUGAGUAGAAAAAUGAAUUUUUCGAAUUCGACACGAAAUAAUAAUACACCAUGCUGGUACUAACUAACUUCGCCAAAUACGACACGAAGAAAAGCAACUCCGUAUAGCGAAAAUGUGAAACUUCCACAAUGGAAAUUUGCAAAUUACAAAAUGAUAUACCAAAGAAAAAUAGUAUGAACCAAAGCGGUAUUUUCGUAUCCACCGAUGAACAUAUGAUCAUGCUCAGGAUUGUUAAAAUUAUAAGACAAAUCUCAUUUACUACAAACGUUACUUUUACACUAAAGAAAACCAUGGCCAACACACAUACAGCCGAACCGGCGAACACCACCCACAACAUUGCGUCCACAUUGUCCACCGGCGUUAGGCGUAUGCCCUGAUUCAUAACAAACCAGAAAAUAUAGUAUACAAAAAGCGCAUACUGUAUCGCCUCGGUGAAGAGCACCACCAGGGUGACGUUCCAUUGUUGAUUUUUAGUGACAUAAAGAAACUUGACACGCUUAAUGAUAUCCUUACGCUUAUCAAAUAUGCUGCCAUUCGAGUUGGCAAUGCGAAAUUCAUUAUCCAAAAUAUUCUGACAAUCGACAAUGCCAUAAAAAUCCAUCACUUUCAAACCGAUGAGUACGCUUAAAAUCACAACCGAAAUAGUUAAGUAGAGACCAGCAAAACCCACAUAGAGUCCAUCCGGUACUUCAUUAACGGUUGUAUUGACUGUGUCGUCCGGCUUCGUGUAGCUAGUACCAAUAAGGCUUAUCGCCGCGGCUGUGCCAAGUAGAAAGAUGCAAAAUGCCAAUGCGAGCAUUAUGGAACGACUGCGUUUAUGUAGGGUUGUGUGCAGGAAGCUCAAGCCAGCUAUGUAGUUCAAGCUAUACGCGAAGUAGGAGAUGAAGGCGCCAGCAAUGUCUAAAAGGAGACGCAAAAAUAAAAGUUUGAGAAAUUGUAUUGAUAAAAUAUAGAAAAACACAGUUAAAUAGAAUUAAUUAAAAGUCUGGAUAGUAGUAGCUAAGAAAGAGCAGUUCAUUCCGUUACCAUGACAGUCGCGUCUACGGAUCCGAAUUUUUAUGCGGCCAAAGCUCUGUCUUCUGGCCAAAGGCUAUCAAUUCGCCAGUAUUUCCUAAAAUUGCUUAUGUAAUAUUUUUUACCACUACAACAACAACAAUAAUUAUUAUAGUUGUGCACUGUACUAAGAAAUCUGAUCCGUCACUAGUUUGGUCUGCAGAAAUGGACAAGUUUAGAACCUAUCCUAUCAAAUAUAACAAAAACAAUGCAAUAAUUUAUAAAUCGAUAUCGCACAUUUCCUGCAUUAAACUAUAUAUAGUAUAUCUAAUAUUAUAUAUAUAGUUUAUCUGAUAUUCGUUCACUUCAAUCGGAUGUUUAAAAUGCUUAUAUAAGGUAUAUUGGGCCUAUGACCAGAUUUUAUAAAUUUUAGGCACAAGGACACAAAGUGUAUUAGAAAAAGACGCUCUUUGAAUUUCCUUGAGAUAUCUCACAUGUUGUAAUUACAGUAUAAAGUCAACCGGAAGUUCGAAAUUCUUUAUAUUGGGUAUAUGGGGCUAAUGUAAGAAUUGACCCGAUUUUAAGCACUUUUGAUUCAAGGACACAGUAUUAUCAAAAAAAGAUUCUCUCUGAAUUUCAAUAAUUACCUCAAUCAUAGCGCUUUUUUCAUAAAAUAUAUAAUCAUUUAUAGGCACUCAGGCCCACAUGUUCGGCAUACAAGUAUGAAGCACUCAUAUGCAAUAUUUGCUCAAGAAUUUACUUCCAUAAUUCCAAAUUUGGUAAGAAAAUUAAGAAGUUAGUUGAUUAGUUCCUUCGAUAUAGAAUUUCACCUAAAGGUGUGCGUUGCCACACCCAUUGUUCAAUUUUGAUACAGGCUCUUAAAAAGCUCUUCUGUAUCAUCGCCGAUUAUUCAUGCAUGAGCGUGCAUACAUAUAUACAAGCAAAUACACAACUACAUACAUAUGUAUAUAUAUACUCAUGAACAGCAUAUAAUUUUUAUAACGAAAUAACAACUUUAUUCGCGAAAUUUUGACAUUUUCAUAUACGUACAUUAGUAUGUAUUGUAAAUAACUAUUUUAACUUUUUAAAACAUCUGAACGUUGUCAAUAUUAAGAACUAUCUUAUCAUUCAGCUGAUAUCAGUCUAAAGUUUUUGUUCAGUUAUAUUGUAUUGGCUAUGACUUAAUUUUGCCCAUACCCAUUGCUUUGGUCAUAAUAAUCAAUAUAAAUUUACUGUUAUCUAUGUAUGUAUGUAUAUGUAUAAAAAAAUUUAAUACUUUGCUCAAAUAUAUACAUAUGUAAAAAAACUUAAGUUUAUAGAGUAACAAGUCAGUCAUCUAAAAUCAAUGAAGAAUUUAUUUAAGUAAUCGAUUUGAUUACCAUUGUGCCAUAUGAUGAAAGACUUUGGAACAAUUAAAAUUAUAUUGAAAAUGUAUCAAAUUACACACAGAUAUGUAACUACGUGAUGUCAGUUAUAAAUUCGACACUUUAAACAUAACAUUUGCAUUGACAUAUACUAUAAACAAUAGAUAAUUCAUUAUCCUAAUCAUAAAUUAUUUACAAUACUGUACCUUAGAUCGGUAAUACCUACUACCUGUAAAAUCUAUAAAUGUUAAUAUCGGCAAUAAAAGGCGUUCUAUUUUA